CAGUGUCGGUGUCUGUUCAGAGCCUCACAGCCGGUGUCCGGUUGACCGGCUGAUGUUUCUGUGAUGAGAAGUGACAGAUCAGAGUGGAGCUAGGCUAGCUGCUGUGUGCUAGCUCGACUAUGAGCUGAGGACUCGCGUUGGUUUGUCUGCUGGCUACUGAGCAUUUUGUAGCCUGUCAUUGAUUCUCUAAAUAGCCACCGACAGACUUCAGAGUUGUUAAUAUUUAAUGUAAAAGUUAGAAAGGGUAAAUGGUGGCAGGCAGGGUCGACUUCUGGCCUUACAGCUUGCUAGCUUGCUUUUCACCUUUUUUUAUAUAAUUAAGUCUAUUUCAAGAGGCAGCAGCAGCUCCAUCAUCAAUCAUUUGUCAUGUCCAGCUUGGGAAGUAAUUAUUGAUUUUUGCAACUUAGUCAUUUCUCUUGUAGAUUGUCCAUUGUAGUUGUACAGUAGGCGUGGGGCAGUCCACAUACCAGACUGUGUGGAUAGUUGGCACAAUGUCAAUUUGCUCUGCUGCUUAACACUUAAUGCAAGCUUGAUUUUCCCAGCUUAAACCAUGGACCUCUUAAGUCCAUGUCUGAGUGUGGAGUGUUUUGCCCUAGAGCCAAAAGCACUGCUGCAUGUAUAACUUUGUCUGCUGAUGCUCUACACUUCACAAUAUAAUACAGCUUUAAAGAGAGAGAGAGGAGGCUGGCACACUCAGAUAAUUUCUUUAUAUCUUAUCUGUCGCAGGGUAAUAAAGCCACAGUCAGUCACUGGACCAGUGUGGAGUGCAAAUUAAAGGAGUGGAUGACGAAAAACGGUUCAUCAGCAAGUCCCCGGCUGGCUGAUCCCAGAGCAGAGAGGUCAUUGUGUUGAGGGUGAAUGUGAGGGGUUCGGAGAGCAGGCUUUUUCAAUUUCUGAGAUGUCCGUCAGACGAGCAGAAGGGAUGUCCAUCGCCCAGGCUCUGGCCAUGACUGUUGCAGAGAUACCAGUGUUUCUCUAUUCCACAUUUGGGCAGUCCAUAUUUUCUCAGCUGAAGCUCUCCCCAAACUUGAAGAAAGUGCUGUUUGCCACAGCGCUGGGCAGCGUCGCGCUGGCUCUCACCGCUCAUCAGCUGAAAAGACGGGGGAGAAAACGGAAGCAAGCGACACAAGGAAAGGAUGGCCAGAAGACUGUGGGCAUACCUGACGCGCUGUUGAAGAGCGGAAGGCCCUCGUCAUUAAAAAGAGGUCAGUUCACUGGGCGGCAGAUGAUGAGUCCCAGUACUCGGAGCAACGACACCAUGAGUGGAAUCUCUUCCCUGGCCCCUAGUAAACACUCAAGUUCCUCACACAGCCUGGCAUCUAUGCGGGUCCCAAGCUCCCCAAAUCAGUCUGCCAACCCAUCCACCCCCUGGGAGGCAGAGCCAGUAGUGGAAGAGUCAGGGGCAGUAGAGGAUGCUAAUGCAGAGAAUCUCUAUAUAAUGGGGAUGGAAUUGUUCGAGGAAGCGUUACAAAAGUGGGAAAUGGCCCUGAACAUACGCCACCACACCCACUCGACCUCCAGCAACAACAGCCUCGCUCUGCAGGGGGCAGCGUGUGGAGACUUACCCGUGGUUGAAACUCGUAAUAAAGUGUUUGCUGAAAAGUUAGAGACGCUACUGCACAGGGCGUACCACCUACAAGAGGAUUUUGGCAGCAGUAUCCCACCAGACAGCGUGCUUGCAGACUUUGCAGAAAGUGAAGGAACUCUCAUCUUGCCUCAAGUGGAGAGUUUCCACCGACUGCGAGACGAUGAUGCGACUACUGUUACCUCUGAUGAUUCCUUCUUCUCAGCCGCAGAGCUGUUUGAUGCCAUGGCUAUAGAAGAAGUCUACCAGACGCUUAAACCAGCAGCUCUUUAUGAAGAAGCCUUGUCGCUGGUCCGGGAGGGCAAAGUGACCUAUAGGUCCCUGAGGACUGAAUUACUUGAAUGUUAUGGUGACCAAGACUUCCUUGCCAAGCUUCACUGUGUGAGACAAGCAUUCCAGGUCCUGUUAGCAGAUGAAACUCACCGCACAUUUUUCAUGGAGACCGGGAAGCAAAUGAUUACAGGGUUAAUGGUGAAGUCAAACAAGGGUCCCAAAGCCUUCUUAGAGAGCUAUGAGGACAUGCUGCUUUACACUCAGAGAGAGGAAACAUGGCCAGUCACUAAGAUGGAGCUGGAGGGCCGAGGGGUGGUGUGUAUGAACUUUUUUGACAUUGUGUUGGACUUCAUCCUGAUGGACGCCUUUGAAGACCUGGAGAGCCCUCCGUCCUCUGUGGUAGCUGUGUUGAGGAACCGCUGGCUCUCUGACAGCUUUAAAGAGACGGCUCUGGCGACUGCCUGCUGGUCUGUCUUGAAAGCAAAAAGGCGUCUUCUUAUGGUUCCUGACGGUUUUAUCUCCCACUUUUAUGCCAUAUCAGAACAUGUGAGCCCAGUUUUAGCGUUUGGGUUUUUGGGACCCAGGCAGCACUUAAGUGAAGUGUGCACCAUCUUCAAGCAACAAAUCGUGCAGUACCUUAAGGAUAUGUUCGACCACGACAAGGUCCGCUUCACCUCAGCUCAGUGCUUGGCUGAGGACAUCUUGAACCUUUCCCACCGCCGGAGUGAGAUUUUACUGGGCUAUCUGGGUAUCGAUAGCCUUCUGGAGCUCAAUGGUGCCCUGCCUAGAGACACAGAGGGUUCCUCUGGGUCCAAAUUAAACGACUAGGAUCACUAUGGGCUUCAUUGGGCUUGUACAGACCGAGUGCAAGAGGCUGACCAGGAGGCUGACCAGGAGGCUGACCAGGAGGCUGACCAGUAGGCAACGGCAACACCUCACAGCUUCGUAGCUACAUUAAGACUGGAUUGAAUCAUUACUCCUGUGAUACACUGAGAACCAGCAUUACUCUUUUAAUUCAUCUGUGUUCAUCAAACGCAACAACUGUUUUUCAUCAGACUUACAGUAUCACUGGUCCAUCUGUUUAAUGAGGGAGAGCGACCGGAUAGUAAUGAUCCCAUCUCUCCCUCGUUACCUGCUGCUGCGUUGCGUAUCAAGAAUGCCUACUGUAGUCGUGUCAUUUUCACACGUGUGAGGACUUGCAACUUGAAACGGAUACUUCUGAAAAUCAGACCUGACAGAAGCACCCCCCCCCCCCAGUCCCAACACACAAAGACCAGGCCUUCGACACUAAUACUAAAAAACCAGUUGCUGCAUCCUUUACCUUCCAUUCAUCACCUGCAGCAUCGGUUGGGGUAGUCUCCAUUAUUAUGUGAAAAGAAACUGUGUGAGAGUCUGUCAAUAUUGUGCAUAUGUAUAUUUUAUACGAAAGAAGGAAGGAUAUUUGUUCAAAUCACAAUAAUUUACGACUUGUGCUGCGCGAUGAAGGAUGUAAUAGAUUUGUCUCCUUACUGAUUGUACUUAAAUCCUCUUUAAUCAUCCCAAGUAUUUUAUCCCAAUUUGGUUGUGUCAUGUGACAUAUCUAAGAGACUGUGAUCAUUGCAAAAAGACAUCUUGUAAUAUUAGUGUAGGGUGCUAAACAUGUUACUCAUAUAGAAGAUGAAUUAUCCCAAAAAACUGCAGUGUAUAUAUAUAUAUAUAUAUUCUGACCCCCCAGACCACAGUUUCUUCUCAUAUAGACUUCUCAUGUAACUGGUAAAAUUUUUGUAGCGCUUUACUUUCUAAGAAUCAUGGUGAGCUCUCUGAUUUUACUUGGCAACGGAUGACAUGAGUAUUCAGAUUUUUUUAAUAGUACAGAGGCACAAAAAUAUAUUUCCCACUGCAAAUAACGCAAUACCAGGUGUGAAAAACAUCUGUCUAAACACUGUCACACAGAUGAUUAUUAUCGCCGGUUUUUGAAGGUGCAGCAGAAACAAUAUAUUGAACAGUGAAACAGAUCGCUGCUCUCAGGGAGAAAUAAGAAACAGUACGACUUGAAAUCAAUAUUCGGGGUAAAGCAUUAUGUUUUGACUGACAUGCCAGAGGUACUUUUAUUUUUCUCAAAGUCUUGCAAUGAAUCUGUCAAGCCACUCGAAUCGCUUCCAAAAUAUUUGUGGCUAAAAUGUAACGUCUUGCUAAAUUUAAUGAACCAAAUAAAUAUUUUAUAAAAUAGUUUAAACUGAUAUAUAUAAGGAAAAAAGUAUGCAAAGUGUAAUAUUUAAAACAAUAGUACUUCUUGAAACGUUCCUUUUUUGAAGUACGGAUAUCUAAACUAAAAGGUCACUCAAAGGUUAAUGUAUAUAGGAUAGGAAAAAAAUCAGCUGCUUUCACCCAACAGGCCUUUUUCACAGCAAAUAUUUUUGACUUCUCAUAAU